CCCCCAUCUCGCCCAGCACCACGGCGCCACGGUUGGCGCGGCCUCCUCUGCGCGCGAUCCCGGCCCCGCCGCCGCCAUGAGCCGGCCCAGCCGGCUGCAGAGGCAGGUCCUGAGCCUGUACCGCGAGCUGCUGCGCGCCGCGCGCGGGAAGCCGGGCGCCGACGCGCGGGUGCGGGCCGAGUUCCGGCAGCACGCCUGCCUGCCGCGCUCCGACGUCCUGCGCAUCGAGUACCUGUAUCGCCGCGGGCGGCGCCAGCUCCAGCUGCUCCGCUCGGGCCACGCCACGGCCAUGGGUGCCUUCGUGCGCCCGCGGGGCCCGACCGAGGAGCCCCGGGACGCGAGGGUCCCGGGGACCCCGCCUGAAGAUGGUAACAGUCCAAGGAGCCCUCCCGACGGCAUGGGGUCACCAGAGACCCCGCCUGAUGGACGGUAACAGGCAGAAGAGCUCACCCGAUGGCGCAGGGCAGCCGGGGGGCCAGCCUGACUGCGUGGCGGGACCGAGGAACCCGCCUGAUGGAAGGGGAGACGUCUUGAGAGACUAGCUCCAUGGACUGGGGGAAUCGGAGAGACCUCCUGGCGAUGUGAGGGCCUAGAGACACCCAUGAUGGAUGGCGAGAGAUGUCCGAGCCUGCCCGAUCCACGGUAACGGGUCGGACUCUUCCCUGAGGGCUUGGGGCGGCCUGGGUCGCCGGCUGGCUGGACUGUGUCAAGCUGAGAGCUACUUACUCCAAGGCAAGGGGAGUCAGGACUCCCCCCCGCCCCCACCGCCCUCGUUGGACAGCAGGAGACUGGGACACCCUUUUGAUGCCUGGCUCCUCAACUCCCCUCUCCUGUAGCAGACUUUUUGCUGAGGAAUUUGGGAAGAUGCCUUUAUGGACAGUGAGAAGCCCCGAAUCCCCCUUUGGAAAACUUUCCCCCAAUUAUUGCGACAAACUAGAACCGGUGAGGAAGGGGUUAGGGGGUCUCACCCUAGCCGAUCAACUAAAGACCCCUCAAGACCUCUACUUGAUGGUUCUGAGGGGGCAUCGUGACUCCUGUGCCCUUCCAACUUCAGGACUGUUGAACAAAGGGAAUAAAAUUUGGGAUGUGCUUACUUCCCUGUCGGUGGUCUUAAA